AGUAAACAAUUAAUGAAGUAACACUGGUUUACACCCGAGUUGUUUUGGGCGUGACUGUUGACAAAGAAAAAUCAACCACAAGAAUGUUAUGGCAGCAUAUCAUGUUUACUUUGAUAUGCCGUCUUUAGAUGUGUAUAAGAAAAAUACCUAGCUACACACAUGUAAGUGGAUGAAUUGGCAGCCAUCAUAUUGAGAAGAAUGGAUAGAUCUCAUAUACCAAGUGUUAUCCAAGGAGAUGUAGAACUUCAUGAUAUUUCAGCAAGCCCAUCUGUUGAAUUGUCCCACCUCCUGACCCCAUCACUGCCAGAUGACAAGCUCCAGGCUGAAAUCAGUCUAGACUUUGAUGGCUCGUGCAAUGCUCAUGACUCUGUUCUGGGCUCAUCAUUUCCACUCGGUAGAGAAUCUGAUGUCUCAAUGGGGGAAGAUGAAUGUCUGGAUCUAUCAGUAACUCCUAGUUUUGAAACGGGCCUCUCAGAUUAUGCCCCGACCUGUUUUGACAGUGGUACAAUCACUCACUCCAUCCACACUCACCCUGUUUGUGCAGUCAGUGAGUCCGUCUCCAGUUUCAUUGGGAAGGAUGCACACACUGACCGAAGCCAACAGGAUUCUGUAGCGAGUGCCCAGAUUCUAAGUGCAUCUCCAUUCAUUCUAGGAAGCACCAGUGCUGCUAACUUUGUAAAUGCUGUUUUGGAGAACUUGCAGUCUAGAUCUUCAGGUGUCUUGCAACCAACACCAUCAAUUAUCUCUGUAGCACCAGGUAUUUUUGUUCUGAAUACACUUGGCACUCCUGGCAUUAUUGACUUGCCAUUAAGAACGAAUCCUUCAAAUGAUCUGGGUACUGGUGUUCCUUCUGCAUUUCAGACUGCAGUAACUUUGGCACACAAUAAUUUAGAAGUUCAACAACUACAGAACAGAGAUUCAAACAAACUAAACUCAUUUGUUACUUCAAAUAUGAUUAAGCUUGAAAUUCGAACAGUUCCUUUUAGUGAGCAAUACCCAUUGGUAACAAGUGAUGACCGUUCUACGGUACUACCAUCCAAUAUAAAUCUUCCUUUAUCAUUAACUCCAGAAACCUUUUGUGAAAAUAUCUCCUCCUCAUCCAGAUAUUUGGCAUUUGAUGGAAACCUGAUAAUGCCAACGUCUGUCAUCCAAGCAGAUAAUGUGGUGCAGUUGGAAGACAGAAAUAUGCCUUUGGAAGAGACUUAUUGCCAUGUGGUUAAGGAAAAAGAAAGUGGCAUAGGUGAAAGUAUGAAAACGGAUACACAAACAGAUAUGUGCAGUGAUUCCAAUGUAGAUGUUGCAUGUAAAUGUCUUAACAAGAAAGACACGCAGACAUCUACAUGUACAAACGAAGAUGGUAAAUAUGAUAAUAUGAUUCUGGAAACUGUCAUGCGAGAUGGCGUAACUGAAAGUCCAUGUAAUGACCUGAAUUCAUCCAGUUUAAUGUGCUCUGUUGAAGGCAGUUUGUGGUCGGAUGUUGAUCGAUUUUGUACAUUUUCUGGCAAAAGUGGUACAGAAUCCAUCAAAAACAUACAAGAAAAUGUGAUACCUCUUCCAUCAAAUGUUGAAUCUUGUAGAGUUAAACACCCGAAGGAGGAUAUUCAUACUCAGGACAAAAUUAAAUUAGUGGAAACAAUCCUAAAUUCACAUACAUGUAAGAUCAUUCAAGACAGUCCAGUGCAAAGGUCAGGUAUCGUCACAACUUUUAAGACUGUCAUUGAGAAAGAAAAGGAUUUAGCUUCUUUAAUGACUUACGUCAAAAAUUUACACGGCAUUAACAAUGAGACUGCUUCAGGUGUUGAAGGAAGCUGUACUGAAAUGGAGACAAGCACAAACCUGGACACUCCUGUUUCCUCUUCCAUGACCAUGUCAGCAUGCACCACCCGUGAGGAGGAGGCGGCUGAUGAGGAUGGCGUCUUUUCUGAGCAGCUGUCAUGGGAUGGAUGCAGCAGUGGUGAAAUACAACCAGCUACCAGGGUUUCUGGAAGUAAUAUAGAAAAUAGUGAUGCUGUCCAGGUUGAUAACACUGACAAAGACAAAAGAAAAUCAAAGUUGAAAUUUAAAAAUAAUGAUGGUGAAUUGAACACCGAUAAAACUAGAGAAGACACCCCAGUUCUUGAGACUUCUCCACAGCAUCACACAGCCAUAGGAGAAGCAUCUACCUACAGUGAGGUCAAGACCAAGACUAAGACUGGUGAGUGUUCUGCUUUGAAACCAGAAAACAAUAACAUUUCCACACCUUUUCCACCCAAGGUACCUGUGAUUGCGGAUGAGGGUCAUGAACUGAUGACCUGUACUCUUGAGUCGGGUGGCCAGACUGACCAGGAUAUUGGUGAACAAGAUACUGAACAGACCACAGAAUCUGGCAUUAGUGAGUGUGAACUGUGUAACGCUACAUUCACCAGGCCAGGAAACUACAAGAGGCAUCUGAAGCUGCAUGAUUUUAAACACUGGAACAACAAUCGCUAUAAAUGUGACAAGUGCGGGCGGUCGUUUCUACAGCACUGUGAUCUGAAGAGACACACACUGAUACAUGAAAACCGAGAACCAUAUAAAUGUAGUGUGUGUGGUAAAGGAUACAUCCGAAAGAGUGACCUUGUUGUACAUCUGCGGUUCCACAACAAAGAAAAAGUCUUCAAAUGUGACCAGUGUAGCAAAAGCUAUUACCAGAAUGGUGAUCUGAAGCGACACAUGCGCACACACACGAGACAGGAGUUGCUGAUCUGUGCAUACUGUGGCCGGAAGCUAGCUAGACAGACCACCCUGCUGCAACACAUGCAGACCAAACACAAGGACAUUAUCAUUGAGACCUUCCAAAGUGUCGAGAAACACAAGCAAGUAGAAGACUGUGGCACGUGACAUACCUGACACUCUGUAUUAAAUAUGUUAUCAUCUCAA